AUGGAUCUCUACUAUCACAUCAUCCCACCGUCAAGCCGUGCCGUCCUUGUAUUGGCGAAAAGGCUGGACGUGAAGCUGAACCUGAUUUCAAUCGACACCCGCGAUGCUAACGAAAUGGCCAUCUUGACAAAGGUCAACCCCCUGCAAUCGCUCCCGACCUUGAUCGACGAUGGGCAGAUCAUUGGCGAAUCGCACACCGUCCUGAUCCAUCUGACCAGCCUGUUCGACAAGGAAGGAUCGCUCUACCCUGCGGACCUCAAGAUUCGCUCGGCCAUCAACGAACUUCUAUUCUUCGACACCAACAUGUACAAGUGCUUCGUGCUGUUCGCCAUGCCAACGGUCAUCAAGCGCCAAGAUCCGAACCAGGACAUGCUGGAGAAGCUGCUCGUCUGCGUCAAAGCCCUGGACAGCUACCUACAGGAUCGGAUCUACGCCGCGGGCGAUCACUUUACCCUGGCUGAUCUGUCCCUGGCGCAUACCAUUUCCUCGUUGGACGUGAUCAAGGUCAAGCUGAGCGACUAUCCCAAUGUGGAACGCUGGAUGGCCAAGGUGCUGCCGGAGAUGCCUCAGUUCGAGGAGCUGCAGACCCGUGCCGAGGAAGCGCUGGCUACGUUCCUGGCCAAGCAGUACGGGGCCAAGUGCAUUUGACUAUUGCUGGACUGAGGCGAGCUGAGGUCGAGAACUGCCGUUCAGGGAUCUAUUCUGUGAGUCGAGUCACGCAUACUAUGGUCAACGGUUAUUUCAGAGUCUUUAAGCUUGCUUCGAUUUCUCUAAUAGAUCCCUGAGAGUAUGACGUUAUUUAUGAUCAUUGCCUACUACAUUAUUCCAUAAUGCACUUGAUUCGCAUUGAUGCCAAUCAAUAUUUGAAUUAAGUCUAACGAGUUUAAUAAAAUUACGAGAACAUGCAGCAUAAACUUUAUAGAAGAUUAAGA